UAAUUCUUAAGAUAUCUCUGACAAGCUGAAUAAUCCAUAGAUUGUAGCUCUGUCCAGUUCCUGAAUUGUCAGCAACUGAGAUUGGCUCGAUGAGAUACAGCUACACCUUAUAAAUACUGUAAUUCAGUUUGAACACUGAUAAUAGAGAGAGCAGGUUUCAAGUCCGGUGACCUGGAGUAACCCCCCAGUGAAGUGUGGAUUAUGAUUAGCUGUCUGUGUUACAAAUUGGUCACUUAAGACAGGCUGUUAGGGUGUAACACCUGGAGAAAUGAACCAAGGUAACAAGUGGAGGAGCCUGUAUAUAAAAUUGCGGUGGUGUGUUGAUUAGCACUAGAUACUGUGGAUUCAUUAUGUGACAGGGUGCCUAGGAAUGGUAGCAGCACAGUGUGGUAGCACCUUAUUAAAAAAUAAUUACCAGUGUACUCCGGAGGUACAACAUUGAUCCUUGUUAGUAUCUGGCUCAUUUAACGGCAGGUGCCACUGGAUAAAUAAUCUAAUCACCAUGUCAAGUCUCCUCUUUUGAAGAAGAAUGACACACUUACAAGAUGACAACCCUGUAAACAACACCAUGGCAACCAUCCAAAUAAAUAGCAGCACUCCGAGUACUGAGGAAAGUACCACCCUAUCGCAGCCCAACUCUGAGUGGGAUGUAGUCACCAUCAUCAACAAAUACGGACUACCCACAGUAUGCAUGUUUGGAAUUGUGGGAAAUAUUCUGAAUCUGACUAUUUUGACUCGACGUAAACUUCGUCGCUCUCUGCGGACAGUGGAGCAAGCUGCCAACUUGUGCCUUAUUGCCUUAGCCCUGUCUGAUUUUAUGUUUUGUUUGUUUGCGCUCCCCACCACCUUCCUGCCCAGUGACUUUGACACGGAUACAGGAUUCAUCAUAUACUAUGGAAUGUACUCACCCGCUAUUAUCAAUGUGUUUAUUCUGACAAGCACCUGGCUAACUGUUACUAUGGCAACAGAGAGGUACUUUGCUAUAUGUCAUCCACUGAAUCAGAACUUGUUAAUGACCUUGAAAAGGACAAAGUUGAUCAUUGUGAUUGUGUACGUGUUAUCUGUAUUAUUUAAUGUCCCAGUGCUUUGGAGAAAUCAAGUGGUUGAGAAUGUGGUGAAUAACAGCACCAAAGUAUAUACAAUGGAUAUUGUACCACUUGGAAAUGACACAAUUGCAGAUACCACUUAUAGAGUGGUAUGGGCCAUACUUGGAAACUUUAUUCCUCUUAUUCUACUGGUCGGUUUCAACAUCUGCAUCUGUCGCAAAAUCCAUAAGUCUUAUCAGUAUCGUAAGAAGUUCCACUUUGACCGCUCCUCGUCCCAGGACACCAAUUUCACCCUGACAACCACCCUCAUCGUUAUCGUGGUCAUGUUCCUCAUCCUAGUGGCGCCCUCUGAAAUUGUCCUCCACAUCGCCAGUAUGAUCCACUCGGAGAAUUACCGCUCUAUUGAGGCCAUCAUGAACUUCAUGCAAUCCGUCAACUUCUCCGUGAAUUUCAUUUUAUAUUGUAUAAUUAGUUCUUAUUUCCGUAAAACCUUGCGCCACAUAGUGUGCUGUUACUGGUGGAACCAGAGAAGGGAUUCCUACCGCCUCAACACCAAGGCUGAUCUGAGCAAGGUCCCCCUCCAGAACAUCAAUGAUGGAUCGUGAGAAAGUGAUUAAUUAAACUAAACACGAAAAACAAUUUAUUUUGGAACUCUUCAGAGCUCAUUUUCUUGAACAUUUCUUGUUCUUAAGAAGAUAAUACUGAAAACUGAAGAAUCAAUGAAAUACUUGAGGUCUCUCACGACUCAACUGCAAUAACUGAAAUGUUGUCUUUUCCCCAAUUAUUGCAUGUAUAUACCAUCCAUUCUUCUACCUUACACAGCAAUUUUCGACUAAAUCAAAUUUAACAGAUUGCCUUUAUAUUAAAUCCUGAAAAAAAGA